GUGACGUCACUGUCAUGGCGGCGUGCGGCUCAGCUGUGUCGGUUCUUACUCCGAAUGGAAGAAGACAGACUGUCAAAGUGUCUGCAAACACACCUUUAUUACAGGUUCUUGAGGAUGUGUGUAAGAAACACGGCUUUAAUCCAGAAGAACAUGGACUCAAGUUCCAGAGGAAUGUUCUAGAUUUGUCUCUUCAGUGGCGGUUUGCCAGUCUGCCCAAUAAUGCCAAGCUGGAGAUGGUUGUGUGUUCUCGCCCGCAGACAGGAGCUGAGAGCGCGGUGCGGGUCGCGCUGCAGAUGGAGGACGGCUCUCGUCUUCAAGGCUCUUUCUCCAGUGGACAGACGUUAUGGGAUCUACUGACACACUUUCCCCAGACCAGGUCGUCUGAUCUGGACGCGUCUGGACCCACACCAGUGUGUGUUUACAUGCGAGACGAGGUCAGCGGUGAGGCUGCGCUGAAGAAGACCAGUCUGAAGUCUCUGGGUCUGACCGGAGGAAGUGCCAUCAUACGUUAUGUGCUGAAAGGCUCCGACUCCUCGUGUCCUGGUGCAUCUGUGGAUGAGGUCGCUAUGCCAAUGGAUGCUGUUGCCAAGACAACUGUAUCACAGCCGCCUUCAGAACCACCCGAGGAGCCCGCCCCCGUUCCCAUGGAAACCCAAGCUCCUCCCACUGAGGUCACGGGGCAGCUGAACCAUCAUGCUAUCAAACAGGAAGAGGAGGAGCCAAAGGCGAGCCAAGAGCAGGAAGUGAGGCCUAAAUCUGACCAGCCACCAUCCAAACUAAUGCCACAAGAGGACGACGAGCGACCUGGGACGUCCCAACAGUGCCAUGGCUCCGCCCCCUCAGCCACGCCCACUGACUUUGUGCCAUUUUCAGGGAGUGGCCAGCGUCUGGGAGGAAGUACAGGACUGAAGAUGUCCACGUCUUGGUCAUCAUGUGUGUCCAGCAGCCCUCCGAAAGCCAAGAAACCCAAACCCAGCCAUGAAAUCAAGAGAUCAGUCAGUGCCAAACAAGCGACGAGGGACGAAGAGGAAACAGACAAAUAUCUGGAGCCGGUCGACAGGGAUCCGCUGGUCUUCCAUCUGGACUCUGGAGCCCGUCGCCAUGAUGACGCAGAACUUCCUGAUGAGUUUUUUGAGGUCACCGUGGACGACAUUCGGAAGAGAUUUGCGCAGCUAAAGAGUGUGAGGAAGGCUCUGGAGGAAGCUCCUCUCGUGACUAAAGCCCUGCGAGAGUCUCAGAUGAAGGAGAAGCUGGACAGGUAUCCGAAGGUGGUGCUGAGGGUCCAGUUUCCUGACCGACACGUUCUUCAGGGCUUCUUCAGACCUCUAGAAACAGUCGCUGCUUUGAGGAGCUUCAUCAGAUCUCACCUGCAGGACCCACAGAUGGAGUUUUACCUGUUCGUUGCUCCUCCCAAAACCAUCCUAGAUGACCCGAAUGUCACUCUAUUCCAGGCGAGUCUCUUCCCUGCUGCUCUCGUGUACUUUGGUUCAGACGUGAGGACAGACGGUUACUUGCGCUCUGAUCUUCUGGACGUCAGUGUCUCCGCCCUACAGGCCGAUGAGCUCAUUGCAGGCUGUGUGCCACGCUCUCCUCCUGCUGAAGAAGACCUGUCGUCCUCUCCACAGUCAUGUGACUCCUCCGGCCAGCGGGGGGCGAUGGAGGACGGUGGUGACACGCAGACAGCAGCGGUCAGACCAGAGAAGACCGACCCCGGGAAAGUGCCGAAAUGGCUCAAACUGCCAGGUAAGAAGUGAUCGAUGCAGGAGGACGAGAGCGUUCAGAUUCUCCUUCAAUAGUUUGACUGUAAUUCAUGCAAACCUUCAUCAAAUAAAACACGAUGAUAAUUGCCA